GCCAUCCGCGAUCUUUUUCAUUGGCGGUAGUAGGGAGCAUCAAGCGCGCUGGACGUAAUCCACGUUCCAAUUUCUAUUGUGGAGCGAAAUACGAUAAAACGCAGGCUCGUCAUUGAAACCCCACUUCUCAAAUUCGUCGAGCGAUGUCUCGAGGGAAUCUCAUUUCCAACCACGUUCCAGGUUAUGGAAUAUCUGAGGGGAGAUGUUUCCCAUGCUCAGGAAUUUCGGGACGAGUGGCUGUGUCAUCUUAUUCAUGUCCUCGUGACUACAAACCAUUUUCACGGGUCAAGAUACUAUUGAGAAAUAACCCACUUUAUGACACCAAAAGCCCAUCUUUUGUAUGCACUGCAAGCUCUGGUGGCCACAGAAGAAACCCUGACUUCUCAAGGCAAAACAAACAGGGACAUGGGUUCUCCAGAGGCAAGAACAGGCACAACCAAGAGAGAGACAGUAACUCUGAUAACCUUGAAGAAUCGGAGUUUUUGUCCUCCAAAAACGGACCUUUACUCUCUCUUUCUGGUAGCCCGAGGUUUCAAGCUACUGCAACACCUGGACCGAGAGAGAAGGAGAUUGUUGAACUAUUCAGGAAGGUCCAAGCCCAACUCCGGGAACGAGCUGCAAUCAAAGAAGAGAAGAAGAUUGAAGCCUCACAAGGGGAGAGAGGGACAGUCGAUUCCCUUCUCAAGCUCUUACGAAAACACUCAGUCAAGCAAGGGAAGAAAAGCAGCAGUGGUGAAGACUUCAACCUCGAGCAACCCGAAAGAAACAGCAGCCCAUUUGACGAUGAACAGAAUUCGAAUUUCUUCAACACAAACACCAUCGCGACAGAUGAGGUGCAAGAACCGAGCACUGCACAUUUUACUCGGCCUGCAUCAAAUUUCCGACGUAAAUCACCUGUACCCAGAGUAAAAUACCAACCAGUUUAUUCCACUGAUGAGAAUAUCCCUCCAAGUCCAUCUCCAAAAUCACAGGGGAAGAGAAAUAAGAAUGUAAUUGAGCUGGACCCAGAGCCCAUUUCUUUGGAUGUGCAAGAUGAUGCAGUGUUUGAUGAGCUGUCUGAGUCUUCUGAUGCUGAGGAAGCUUAUGAUGAGAUAACGGAACCGUCACCGACAGAAGACGUUGAUUUGAGCUCAUUGAAACUACCUGAAUUGCGGGCCCUUGCGAAAUCUCGUGGCGUGAAAGGUUACUCGAAGCUGAAGAAAGGUAAGCUUGUCGAACUACUAAGCAGAAACGUCAGUUGAUACCACCAUCUAUUUGGGAAGAUAAACUAUCCUUGCAUGCUGAGGUUUGGAUGUUCUUUUUCAUCUCUUUUCCUUUUCCAAGUUUUCAGCUAUUUUUGUAGCUUUUUUGGUAGUGUUAGGACUUUUGGUAGCAGUGGAUUUUCAUAGAGCAGUGAUUAUAUUUGCAAAUCAAGGUAAGCUUUUGCUUUUAAUGCUUC